ACUUGGACGGGUCUCUUUUGGUUUACAUCAGAGAACCCAAUGGAGUCUUUUGAAGAACCUGGUCUUAUUAGCAGGGAGAACUUAUUAGAAGUUCCUACUUUAAGUGAUUCCCCCCCAGAAGAAGAAGAUGUUAAAGCUACGCUCCAGCCUCGUUUUUCACCCAGCCCCCGAAGGCGAAAUUCAGAUUCCUCUGAAGAAAUGGAGCUGGAGGCCCCAUCAACCGUUACAAGAAAAGUUUCAUUUGCUGAUGCAUUUGGUUUUGACCUUGUAUCCGUUAAGGAGUUUCAUAGCUGGGAUGUUCCAAAUACAUCACCAAAUGAUGACUUAGAAGAUGAAGUUGUAGCUGUGGAAGAAUUCUAUUUGACUCCGCUAUUUACACUGCCAGCCACAGAAGAAGAGCUUUUGCAGAAAGUGCGAGCACAGAAAUUAUGGUUAGAGUCUGUCGAGUUUCUACCAGGGAUAACAUGUAUGAAGGGCACAAUCCGUGUUCUGAAUGUAUCCUUUCAAAAGUUGGUCUAUGUUCGAAUGUCUCUGGACAGCUGGCUGACUUACUAUGACAUCUUAGGAGAGUAUGUGCCGAAUUCUUGUGAUGGUGAGACUGACCAGUUUUUAUUCAAGAUUACAUUGGUUCCUCCUUAUCAACGAGAUGGCACAAAGGUUGAAUUUUGUAUACGGUAUGAGACAUCUGUGGGGAUAUUUUGGGCAAACAAUGACAACCAGAAUUACAUUUUGAUCUGCCAUAAAAAGGAAACCAAACAACCUGAAACAUCAUUGGAACCUAAGCAAGCCCAAGAAGAAAUUACAGAUAAACAUCUCAAAGGCUGCUUAAAGGCAACACCAAACAGUAAAGAAGAAAUAUUGGCAACGGCUGAUGAAGACAUAUGGAAUGAUUUCAGGACUUCAGAAUCAGACGUCCCCAAAAUCCUUUAUUCAUAUGUGGAUGAUAAUGAAAUUGAACGAAAUAAAGAAAAGGCAAAAAGUACAAAAGUGAAACAUCCUGAAGAUGAUAAUGAAAAUGAAAAAGAAUUAGAGUUGCUGUUAGGUCAGCACUUCACUAGCACAGCUGGUUGCUCCAGGGAUGAAAGGAGUCUGGAUACAACAGAGCCAGUCAGAUUUCAAAAUGAACCACGAGAAUUUGGGGACAAGGUAGACUCUGGCUUGCUCAGGCAACCUCUGCCUAUAAGUUCUUCAUCUGAACAUGCAUUACAGAACAAAGAACUGCACAGUAAAGAAAUGUAUUCUGCAGGGGAUGAGUACAGUCAGUCAUCCCCAGAAAAACUCCCUGUGAUAGACUCAGCAAACAUUACUGCAGUGCCUUCAGAAUGUUUCACCCCCAGUGAAAGCAUUUUGUCACCAGAGUAUCAAUUCGGAGCAAAGCAAAAUGAAGCUGCCAAAAAUGAGGAGGUUUUCUUAACCAAACAUGGAACAUGUCCUGCAGAUGUUCAAAAAGAUGAGUCUCGUAGUCCCCCAGGAAGUAAAACAAUAGAGGAGUUGUUCAUCAGUGCAGAUGAUUAUGAUCACCACGAAACAGUAUGGGAGGCAAGGCCUAAAGGAGUUCCUUUAGAGCACAGUGAAGGAAUCCAGUUGAGAGGAGAAGUGUCAGAAGUAUUGAACGACAAUGCUAAGCCAUUUCAAGAGCAACAAAUGAAAGAAAUAUCAUCUCAGAUUCUUAGCUCCACUUCGGAAAGCACUGCCAAAAAUGAACCAGAAGGGGAGAUGUUUGAACACAAAAAUAAGGAAUAUUUUAGAGGAGAGUUAAAUACCAAUAACAUAGCCUAUGACAAUGUCACAAUACAUUGUUUGAGAAGUUCAGAUGCAGAAGAUGAAAUUGUGGAAGGAAAAUAUAAGACUGAGUUCAAUGUUGAUAAGAGCAAAGAAAUCAAGUUAAGCAUUUUAGAGCAAUCUCCAGAAGAGGAACAAGUCUACUCAACUGUUGGGCAUGGAAAACAUUGUACACAAGACAGCAAUGAAAUGACCAGAACAGGUAAGUCACUCCAAGGAGAAGUCAUGAAGACCGGUGUGCUAGGUGAAGCAAAAGAUAAGAAUAUUUACGAAUCUCUAGAGGGGCUGCAUCAAAAUGACAGAGGAAGUGCAGGGAAAAGUAACAAACAGCAAGAAAGCACAUGUUCUCUUCCAGGUAAAUUAAGUCAGGAUCUGAAGAGAACACAGAGUCGAUAUCUAGAAGAUAGUCAGAAUACAAGUAGGUACUGCAUAAGUUGUCCAGAUUUUGGAAUGCCAGCUGAUGAACAUGUCUCUACACAUUCUGCAUCAAUAAAUCUAGAGGAUGUGAAUGAUACUAGUGGGAAUUUGGGGAAAGGGAAGUACAGUCAGAGAGAUGAGCCAGAAAACAUUUUAGAGGCAGAGCCCUGCCAAAGUACACUUGACAGAAUUACAGUUGGUGAUCAGAGGAGUCAGGUCAGGUGGGGGAAUAAAAGCUGGAGUGACUUAGAAAGUCGACAGACAGACGGAGAAAGUGAAGCAAAUAAAAGAGUGCAGAUGAAAGAGGGAACAGGUGGUGAAGCCAUGUGGGGAAUUAGAGAGAGCACACAGUGUUUGAAUGUAACUCCCACAGAUGAAUUGUUUACCUGCCAAGACCCAGUGAGAUGUGAAGAGACUUCAGUAGCUAAGCAUGAUAGUACAGGAGAAACAGAAGCAGUUACAGCCGCUUAUAUAAUUAAAGCGACAUCAGAACAUACUCCAGAAAAAAUGUCUGCUGGUGAAAAAGCAGUAAUUGUUAAGCUACCUCAAGAGACUGCACUAAGUGACAGGCCCACAGAAGAGAGGGAAACAGUGCUUGAUAUACAUGAAGGGGGAAAUGAUGGUUCACAUUAUCCUCUUUGUCAAUGCAAUACAGUGGGUGUAUUAUAUGACACCAAAUUUGAAAAGGAACCAGUUUCAGAUAUUUGCAAUGCACACAUACAUGAAAUGGUGCACGGCGAAAUGAUUUCAAUGUGCAGUACCAGCGAAGCACACACUAGAGCAGAUCAUAACACUGGAUGUGACUCCCCAUCAGCUGAAACAUUAUGGAAUUCUUCUGCAGAAGGAAAAGCCAUUCCUGACCAGGAUUUAUAUUUGAAAACAACACUGAAAUCUUCACGAGAAUUUCCACAAAGCCUGUAUAAUGAAGCGGCUGAAGAGGGAAGUAUGUGGGAAAAGUUUCACCAUGGAAGUGCAAAAACUGAAAACAAAGUACCUCCUGCUGAUAUAAAUAUUGCAGGAAGCUGUUAUGAAAGUCCCUCAGUGACCUCUUCUGAAGAAUCCGUGGAAGCUCAUACUGCUGAGGGAGGGGAAAUAAUGCCUCCAUACACUUAUGCUUCAGUUGAAAUGAUGGCCGGAUCAGGAUGUGAUUCCAAUGAAACAAAUGAAAUGUCUCACACUAUUAUUCCAAAUCUUCCUUUGGAAGGCCAGCUAUCUUCUAGUGAGCAUGGAGAAAGAAGUAUAGGUCAGUUUUCCCAUCAACUAGAGUUCAACGAGGGAAAGCUGUUAGGGCCAACCAUUGUAAUUAGUGAGCCUGCUGAAGAAAAAGAAGAGACAAGGUCAGAAACUGAAGGCUUAGGAACUGAAAUAAAGCAGAAUAUUGAAGGGCACGAGAACCUGGAUGUUUCUGAUCCUGGAGAACCUCCUGGCCAGCAAAGUGAACCUUUAAGUUUAUCUUCCGAGUAUCUCGUUUUAAAGCAUAUUGGUUACAAAAUACUCUACUUCCUCUUGUUUGUUGUGUUUUGUGUUACAUUGUACCACUAUGAUUUAAUUGUCUGCUUUGCCCUUUACUUAUUCUCGCUGUAUUGGCUCUACUGUGAGGGCAGGAAGAGCAAAGAAGCUGUUAAAAAGGACUAGCAUAAAGGUUCUUCACUGCCCACAUAGAAGUCCUUAAAACUUAAUCUCAGUAGAUACCAAUGGACAGCAGUGUGCACUCCUAGAGCCAGUGCAAGACCCCCCCCUCCCCCCUUGGAAAACUGCUUAAACAGAAGGCACACAAAGCUUGCUCCUUCAUAUAAGUAAUUAUUCUGCAUAGGACCAUUCUGUCUGGAUCAUUAAAUACCUAUCUGAGUAUGAGUUCUGAAGCACGUCAAGUUAAAAUUAAGUACAGCUGGUGCUCCUUAUCACGUUAUGAAAAUGUGAAGCCUCAGUCUCUUCCAAUGACUUUUAUCACGGCCAUUUGUUUUGUAGUAUAGCUUCAUUUACUGAGGGUUUUUUUUUU